UUGUCAAUCAUUGUCAAUGUCAUUCUACUCAAAUUCUGGGAAUUUCAUAUCAUGAGGGCCAAACAAAAUAAAUGGGCUCCAAAACAAUGUUUGUAGAUAAUAACAUUGAAAAGUUAGAUUCAUCGAUACAAUAACACCUGGCUAUUCAUUUUUCAAUGUCAACAGUAUAUUACAGCUUGAAUGAACCAUUUUUACAGAUCAGUAUAUAAUCACAAUUUGCUCUGUCAAAGUACGAGGAAAAAAGUGAUGAUUAAUGAGUGAUUGAUAUAUAACAACGGUUUUAUUGUUGUAAUUUAUCAACUAAUAAUUGUAUAUUGCUGAGAACGUUUUGUAUUUUAAAAUUACAAGAGUUAGUGCAAAUGUAAUUAGAACAUUUUUGAUCAACAAUGAAAUGUAAAUAAGAUACAAUAUCAAAACCUUCGUCACGAUAGUUGGAAUUAUCGAUUUUAAAAUUGAUCGAUGCUCCAUUGACAUACAUUUCUAACAAUGUACGCGAGACAUUUAUAUUUUUUUAUAUUAAUAAUAAUUUUUAAUAUUCAUAGUAAUAAGAGUGAUUCGAAUAGUUUACAAUGUAAAGACGAAAAUGGAGAUCCAGUUGAUUGGUAUGUUUUAUACAAAUUACCAAAAGUUGCGGAAAGCAGUGAGCCAUUAAUUAGAAAAGGUCUAGCUUACCUUUAUAUAACUAAUAAAACUAUAGACCUCGGUUGGCAAUUAUCAAAAAAGGAAAUUGGAUCCAAGGACUCGGUACCAGGCAAGACGUUAUCUUUAUUAUAUAAAGAUAAUAUUGCAUCAAAAAAAGGAUGGAUCAUGUAUAGUGAUCAAGCUCCAAAUGAAAAUAGCGCUAAAAGAUAUGGCCAUGCAAAAGGUAUUGUGAUGACUGAUGAGCAUCAAGGAUUUUGGCUUAUCCACAGUGUCCCUAAUUAUCCUCCUUCUCCAUUGUCUGGAGAACAGAAAAGAAAAAAACACAGUCUCGAAAACUUCAAAAAUGUUACUAAUGAUAUACCAGAUGGCGAGUAUUUGUAUCCAAACUCUGGAAAAUCUAAUGGACAGAGUUUUCUCUGCAUUUCGAUGAAUGCAGAUCAGAUGGAUAUCGUUGGUCGAUUAUUAAUUUACAACCAAGUAAUCCCAUAUCGAUAUAAUAUGCCUGAAGAUUUAACUACCCAAUAUCCAGCUCUUUUAAAUGCUUCUAAAGCUAUACGAAUAAAAACUCCCCCUUAUUAUCAUAAAAAAGAAAUUCAUUCAAGUCAAGGAUUGGAGUUUAUUAGUUUUGCUAAGAGUGAUAAAUGGCAAAAAGAUCUCUAUGAUGAUUUUGUGGCACCACAACUACAAUCCGAUUUAUUAGCAGAAACGUGGUUGAAUGGUCGAGGAAAGCUACCCUCUGAGUGCAAUGGAUCAAAGGUCUAUAAUGUGCAAUCUAUAUUAUUAAAUAAUAUCAAUAUCGAUUUUAAAAGCACUCGUGAUCAUUCCAAAUGGGCUGUGGCUAUGAGUAAUAAGCAACAACGAAAUUGGGUCUGCAUUGGAGAUAUCAAUAGAGCGGAUACGCAAUUUAAUCGAGGCGGAGGUACAGUUUGUGUAAAUCUUCUGAAGCUUUGGAAUAAUUAUCGUUCUUCAGUAAAUGAUAUAGAACCUUGUCCAAAGAAACAAAAUUUCUUUCAAAAAUCAAUGACUUCUAUUAAAUCUUGGUUUGGUAAUAUCGUUAAAAAAAUAUCAAUGACUGAAUAAAUAAUUAAAUGAAUUUUUAAUUAAACAUUUGAUCAAGUUUAUAAAAUCAUAUAAAUGCUCAUCAAAUGAUAAAAUACAAUAUCAUUAAUUUGACAUUUAAUCAUUUAUAUUUCGAGAUAAAAAGUGUCAACAAAGGAAAAUCGAUUAUACAUUAUCUAUUAAAUUGGUUUCUCAUUAUUGAUAAUAUAACUAAUUUUAUCAAGCAAUAUGUAGGAAGACUGAAUAACACAUUUGGCAUUUAUGUCUAUCGAUGCAAAUAUGUAGUAGUCAUAGUGGUAAUUGAAAUAAUAACAAAUUUAUUAUUACUCAAACAUUUAACAGUAGAUGAAAUGAUCGAUAUAUUUACUGUGUGAUAUUGAUUAAAUUAAUUUAUGAAAAUGAUCAUUAUAAUUGAAAUUGUUAACGUUUGCACAUCUCGUUUUUGUAUAAUUUGAUUAUAAUUAUGAAUUACGGAGGAUGAAUCUAUUUCAAGAGCGUCAAAUGUUAUUUACAUAUACAUUGUUUUCCUUAUAUGUAUAUAAAUGGAAAAAAAUUUUAAGUGUUAUAACAUUAAUAAACUUCUUAAUAAAAUUAAUAAUUCGAUACAUUAAA